CAAGCCGGCAGUGAGCGCGCGACCACUCGGCCCGAACGACGUCUCUGCGCCUGCGCACCUGUGCAACUGCGCCUCGCAUGACCCCUCACGACAGUGUACCGAAACCCCCUGUGCAAGUGUGCAGUGAUCUGUGUUGUGCUUGUGCAUGUGCAGUGCUGUGCAGUGCACAGAUAACUUCUGGAGCGUUGACCGUAGUCAGCCUCGCCCGGCGCGCCGCUCGUUGCGAAUGGACUGGUAUCUUGCGAAAGUGAACCCAGUGCAAACCAGUUUAAACCCUAAAACAAAGCUGCUACAGUCUAAAAUCGUACGUCAUAAACCUCAAGUUCGCACCUAAUAAUUUUCGAUCAGUACGUGAAUAGUAAACACGCUUCUAAACUAUUAUCUUGCCAGAUAAAAUAUCCUCAGCCUCCGCGCAGAUCAGUAGAAUCAAUUAGAUAAACAGAAGUUUGAAAAUAUUGAUUGCAUAGUUUGGAAGCGUGUUUAUCUACAAUCUUCACAUUUAUAAUUGAACAAAAAACGAAAGUGUAGCUAACCGAAAGGAGCCAAAUAGUGCCGCAAAUCAAACUAGCUUCAAACCGGUUGAAACCAAGCAAUGUGCCAUUUAAAAAGAACUUGAAACUAAAUCUUCUCGUCUAUCUCAGAUAAUCUUUUAAGACGUUAUAAAUCACAAGAACUCUUAAACUUUCUUUGGAAUUCUAAGAUACCUAGUAUAUGUAGACUUUAUAGUUUACUUUACCUAAAGUGUUCUGACAGCUAAACUGAUGUUUUAAAGACUAAUAAAAGUUCUACAAGCAAAAAUUAUUACUGUGCUAAAAAGGAGAAUGAAUAAAAAUACACUGAGAUAGACUAAAGAUUGUUCUAGCUAGAGUAUUAAGUCAAACAUAAACUACACAAUAGUCAACUAUUUAGUAAUAUUUUUCAACAGUGUUGUUUGUCCUAUCUACAAAACUUUGAUCUAUACCAAAUAUUACUCUAGGUAGUGUCUAAGUUUUUGAGUUAAAUUACCUUUUGAAGAUAGAUUAUAGUGUGUGUGUUAUAUCCAGUGCUGAGUUAAGUGAGCAUUAGUUGUUCGUACACAUGAGAACUCGUAGUGUGGAGUAGUGUAGUGUGGAGUGGUGCAGUGUGCAGCAUGAGGGCGCCAUGAAGCGCUCCAAGUCGUACACGUGGCUGUCAGGGCUGCUGAAGCCGCGGGUGGAAGAGGACGAGUGGGUUCGCGCAGAGGUUGCCAGACAUGACAGACCAGUGUGCCGGAACUGCGUGGUAUCGCCCACCGGAUCAUCACCACCGCCUCUUCAUGAGCAGCAGACUUCACCUCCCCCUCCAGCACCCGCCUCCCCUCUCCCGCACCUCCCAUCACCGCAACCCAGUCACAGUGGCUCAUCCAUACCAAGUACCUCAAACUCCCCCCACCCAUACUCCUAUCCAAACUUCAGAAGACAACCAUACCAAGAGUCUUACAACUUGUUACACAGUCACAGCGUUUCCCAGUUAAACCAACCUCAACCUGGUCAGAGUUACCAUUCCCCCCAAUCUCCUCAGUCAGCGAUGUCUCUGUCUCCACACCCAGUUCCUCAAGGCAAGUUGAGGGGGCUGCUGGAACAUGCAGAGAGGCUGAUGAAGCCGGGGGACCCUCACCGGCAUUCGCAGAGCGACGACGACUCAGGGUGCGCGCUGGAGGAGUAUACGUGGGUUCCACCAGGAUUGAGGCCAGAACAGGUCCACCUGUACUUCUCAGCGCUCCCAGAAGACAAAGUGCCUUACGUGAACAGCAUCGGCGAGCGGUACCGGCUCAAACAGCUUCUGCAGCAGCUGCCUCCGCAAGACAAUGAGGUGCGAUACUGCCACGCGCUGUCAGACGAGGAGCGCAAAGAGCUGAGGCUGUUCAGCGCGCAGAGGAAGAGGGAGGCGCUGGGUAGAGGACAGGCGAGGCAGCUGCACGCACCAGCGCCUUGUGACCGGUGCGAGGAGUCUAUGUCAGCUGGUGACAUGUGCGUGUCGGCGGCACGAGCUGGCCCGGCGGCACGCUGGCACCCGGCGUGCUUCGUGUGUGCCACGUGCCAGGAGCUGCUGGUCGACCUCGUGUACUUCUGGAAGGACAACCGGCUCUACUGUGGCCGACACCAUGCCGAGAACCUAAAGCCGCGGUGUUCUGCGUGUGACGAAAUCAUCCUAGCCGACGAGUGUACCGAGGCGGAGGGCAGAGCGUGGCACAUGAAGCACUUCGCCUGCGCCGAGUGCUCCAAGCAGCUCGGCGGGCAGCGGUACAUCAUGAGGGAGGCGCGCCCCUACUGCUUGCCCUGCUUCGACAACUGCUUCGCGGAGUACUGCGACGCUUGCGGCGAGCCCAUCGGCGUCGACCAAGGCCAGAUGUCUCACGAGAGCCAGCACUGGCACGCUACGGAGCGCUGCUUCGCUUGCCACACGUGCCGCGCCAGCCUCCUCGGCCGCCCCUUCUUACCGAGAAAAGGCGCCAUCUUUUGUUCCAUAGCCUGUUCCAAAGGUGAGCCUCCAACGCCGUCAGAUUCCUCCGGACCGGGGCCACGACCGCCGCGAGUCCCUCGACCGAGAAGGAUCCCCUCCCCCAAAUCCCCGUCUAGAUCACCGCAGAGAGACUCGAAUACAAUAGAUGCGGAUUCAGAACCGAGCGGAUCCAUGGUUUUGGAGACCCCCCCGCCGCAUCCGCCGCUGCCGCACGCCUGCCUCAGCUUAGAUAGAGCGUUAGCGGAUUUGAGGAUAGAACAAUCUGUAACGGAACACCAACUCCAACCGACUCCGACUUCGGAAGAAACCAAUGACGUUCCAGAUUCGAACUGGAAGCCGCCUCAUCCUGUCGAAGCGCAGACGGUUGUCACGCCGGGGCAUUCGACGUCCAUGCCUGAAUUGACGCUAGUGGACAAAGGCAAAAAGCCCAGAGGAGGUCGCACGGUGAGGUUUUGCGGCGACGACAACGAGGCGUUCGAGCCCGACGAGCCGAUUAAAAAAGAAAAAGUCAGAGACGACGACGCGAACAGCUACUGCAGCACGUGCUCGUCGUCGUCGUCGUCGACCGAGUCGUACUCGUUGCCGACGAGACGCGCGUACGGCGGAGUGAGGAUCUCCUACGUGCCCAACGACGCGGUGGCGUGCGCCAAGCGCGAGCGGCAACGCAAGAGCGCGCACAACGACAAGAACUGCAUAAUCUCGUGAUGCCGGCCCCUCGCCUGCAAAUGACACCGACCUCCGAGCGAAAGACUGACUUUAUUAAUAAUAUAUUUUGUAGCCCCCUACACGCCAUAGUAUUAUAAACAUAUAAAUAAAUGUGUAAGAAAACUGUCUUCCUUGGAAAAGGGGUGUACAUGACAAUAUAUAGCAGAUGGUACACGGCAACGCGCAUGUCGCUUUUAUAAUAAUGUUUUGACGCGCAUGCCGCAUACAAAAGGCGUUAUAAAAGGAUUUCUAACAAAUUUAUCUCAUUCCGUAUAAUUAUUGUAUAGUUAAUCCGUCAGUGAAAGCCGUCAUUGGAUGGAAUACACCUUUCCUAUUGACGGAUAUCGACGAGGGUACGCGAGUAUUUUUUGCAAACAUUAAAUAUUUUGCAAAAAGGGGUUUAAAACGACCGCGGUGGUCGAAAAAUCAGCUUUAAAUUACCGAAAAAUUAUAUAUUUAAUGCUUGCUAAAUUAAUUGACAUAUCUAUUAAGCUUUUGUAAUGAUACGUAUAUUGUCAUAUCCUGUUUGAGAAACGUAUAAUUUAGGACAUAUCCCACAUUGCCACGUAGGUGUAAGGAUGUAAUUAAUAAAUAAGAAAUUACUAUGAUAAAAAUGUAAAGACUCAGUACAAAACUGCCUUGUAUUACUUUGUAAAACAUUUUUGUAUUUCAAGAAUGUGUGUUCAAAUUUGUAAAUAGUUUGUAGGAAAUGUAAGUUAGAAUUAAUAUCGACUUAAGGUCACAUUUCAUGAGCCAGCAUUGUCUAGCACUUGCCACAAUUAUUUUACACAUACAGUGAAGAAAAUGACAAUAUAAAGAAUAAUACAUUAAAAACUGUUUAAAUAUGUAUAGUGGAAUGAAUUAUCCAAACAAUAACUUUUUUACGACAUUUCAUACCAAAAUAUGUACUGGAGUGUAUAACUGUUUCUCUUAAUGAAGAAUAUUUAAAUUAAAUUGUAACAAAACUCAGAAUACUUAACUCUACGUUUAUAAUUAUUUAUCGGGCUUUUUACUGUAUUUGUUUUUAUUAUUUUUCUAGAACUUAUUUAUUUUCUAUUAUUCCUUUGCCCAUUGUACAAACUGUUUUUUGAAUCUCUGGUGACAGGAACUACUUAAUCGAUAGGAAAAACAAUUAAAUUAAUUACUCUUUGAACUUUCACAUGUUGAAUUUGCCAGACCAUGUGAAAUUCCCUUCAAAAAUUGAUUUCAUAUUCAUAAAUUUUAUUUAAAAAAAAUCAAUCUAUCUUUAUUUAUUUGUCAUAUUUAAUUUCAACUAUAUCUAUUUAAUUAAAUUCAACUUGAUUACUGUACGUAAAGAUUUCUAAGUUAUUUGUAACAUCGAGAGAAUAAAAUGUUUUUUUAU